AUGGCGGCAUUUCAAUCCAGCAGCACGCUCGUGCGGCCCGACUACAUGUACAAGUUCCGCGCAGCGACAGCCAAGCCGGUGAUUGCGGAGGUUCUGCGGGCAGAGCUAGGCGACAAAAAGUACGAGGCCGAGGACAUGGCGGAGCUGACAAAGACGGUGGGCGAGCAGAUCAACACGCGGCUGAGCAAGGAGUCCGGGAUGGAGCGGUACAAAUUCGUCAGCAAUGUCAGCAUCUUCCAGAACACCGGGCAGGGCGCGCGCAUGGGGUCGAGCGCGCUGUGGGAUAAGGAGUCGGACUGCGUUGUGCAGGAGACCUUUGCCAGCGAGUCGCUGAGGUGCGUGGCAGUGGUGUUUGCGGUGUUUGUGUAUUGA